AUGAUGCGUGCAGCAAGGGUCCUAGAUGCGCCACGCACAGGCGGCAUUGCCACGCGGGCCCUGUGUUGGAGAAGAUUGGGUUUCUGGCUGUGCCUGGGCUGGCUGCUGCUCCAAGUUGCAUCCGGCAGUGUUGAAGAGCUGGAGCUGGAGCUGGAGCGCCGCAGCAGCCGGAGCUCGGGGUCGAGGCACACGAGAUGGCUCAAGCAAUGGCGAUGGUUUUACGAGUACGAGGACGGCUGGAAAACAGGACAGGACGCCUUUCUGCAGGCGGUUAGUCAGCAGCGGCUGGGGCACGCUCCGGGGGCACUGCCACGCGGAAGGGUUCCUGCCGGGCUCUUUGUUUCUCCGAAGGGCUGCAGGAGAGGGAGCAGUCAAGAGAACCUCUCGUUGGACGUGUGGCUUAUCGGAAUGCCUAUCAAGGGAGGUGGCAGAUCGAAAUCACCCGCGAAUCCCAUCCCGAGCGAGCGGCAGGACAAGAGGCAAAGGCCGCCAGAUACCUACCUAGUUUGGCAACUAGAGGGUAAGUAUAACACACUAGCAGUUAUUACCGUUAAGGAGAUAUUACUAGAAGAAGGGCAUAAGAGGUUAAGACUAGCUAGGCUAGGUUAUCUUAAUUAUCCUAGACUGCUAACACUAGCUAGCAGUAGCAGCCCUACUGCUGCUACUGCUGCUGCUGCUGCUAUAUGCUAA